CGGCACGUUCCCAGUUCUGCUGGCAACGGUGUCGCGAUCCUUGCCAUUUGCACCUUGGGGGUGCAGGAAGACUAGUGCGACGGGGACAAGUCUGUGAGGUGAGGCCAGCAUGGGGCUCAGCUGCUCGAGCUCGAAGAGGAGUUGCAUGCAGGCAGUCCAGAGUGAGGAGGAAUGGCCAGAAAAGGUAGUGAUUGAGACCAUUGGGCGUGAGGACGGGAGGAGGGGAAGGAGCCGCUUUCGACGGGUACUGUCGAUUCGCAAGAGCUUCUCCCGCAGCUCUCAUGGAGUGGUGUCCUCUCCCUCUGAGCUCUCGCACAGCUCGUCGGAAUCAUUGCCGUCUCCAUUGAGAAGUACGGAGUACCAUAACGAUCUUGGACGCACGAUCUCCGACAUCGUUCUUUGGAGACGGCCUAUGACAACUGUGAUUGCCAUUGCCUGUGGGAGCCUGGUGUACUACCACGUUGUUUUCCGGCUUUGCUCCGUCGUCUCCCUCGUCGCAGAUGUCUUGCUUGUCCUUGCAUGCGCCACAGUUGUUCUGUACCACUUCUCAAGCAUUUUUGCGUCGAGCUUGAAAAUGGACUUAGCGCGAGAUUGGGAGUUCUCUGCGGAGUCAGCGAAUUGUAUUGCCGCGUUCGGGGCAAAUACGAUCGGAGCAACGGAAGCGGUUUUCAGGGUUGCUGCAAGCGGUUCCGACUACAGGCUGUUUGUUAAGGUUAUGAUUGUGCUGUAUUCGACUUCCAUCAUCGGGCGAGUUGUGUCGGGCCCCACGUUCAUCUUCAUAUGCAUGUGGCUGCUCUUCACCGUCCCGGUGGUUCUGUCUAGGCUUGGAAUUGACACAGAUAUGUGCUUCAGAAGGGCCCCCGACAGCAACGGAAACCAAACAGAUAGUUCGCUGUCUCCCAUGCCGCGAAGAUAAGAGGUCUUUUGAUUAGCUUACGAGCCUUACCCCUUAUUAGAAUGAGAACUGAUCACGUCGGGAUGAUCAUAGUCAGCAAGCUAGGUGAAAGAACAACUGAAGAUACCUUUUGAUAUAGACAGGUGGCUUAGAAGAGCCACAAAAUUCUGUGAUUCUGUGUCUCAAAAUAACAGGGUGGUGACCCUCGGCGCAAACAAGAUGUU